AGUGUUCCUAUGCAAACAAAGAAGCUAAGAAGCAUUAUCGUAUUUAGUUAAGGGGUUUAUCCAUGGAGGAAAUACAACCGUCCACGGCAGCGCCACCUUUAACCACCGAUAACAGUUCCGAUAAAGGACAAGAUACUCCGCCGGCGUCCGGCGUCAAAAAAGGAUGCUUAUCUUUUGGAGCUUCUUUGGUAGAAUACUUCCGCUACACCAAAGCAUUUUUUGUUCGUCAGGCAAAGAAGUUGACGGCGAGAAGCGAGAAGGAAAUAGCAGAAGCUGAUUUACAAGCCUCGAAGAUGGAGGUUGAAGCAGCUGAUGCUGCUGAAGAGACCAAGAAGCGACUUGAUAAAUCAGAUUGAAAUAUUAAUAUGACAGUAAAAAUGGUUAUCUUUUAUGUAUAUAUAUGUCGUCAUAAAUAAUUUGUGUGUACGUAUUUGAGAUUCUAUAAUAAUGUUAGAUUUACUCA